ACCAUGCCUAUAUACAUAAACAGUAGCAUAGCAGAGUAUACUGUGUCGCUCAUGAUACCCUUUGUACGUUACCAUCCUGGAGAACUAAGGUGUUAAGUGUCUGUAACCAAUAAUUUUAUUGCCUUAUACCACUCUUCAAAUGGAAAUAUUGAAAUAUUUACCUAUCCUAAUACAAUAAUUGAUCAUUCAACUAUCUGAGUACCUAAUAGGUAUUUGAAUAAGUACAUAGAUUAAAGAGAUUCAGUACUCAUUUUCGCAUGAUUCCGCUAUUAACUCUGCUAGAAGUACUUAAAUUUUUGCAAAUUGUACCUAACAAUUGAAUGAAAACUAAAUAUCAUAUGACUCGGACAUCACUAUUCUAUUGUGAUUGUGAGUAAAUGUCAAAAUUUUACCGCGAAAUUUUGUCUUUAUUUGUUUUUAAAUUACAUUUGUUUUCUUUUUUUUUUAUAAAAUGCCAGAAAUGAUUGGCGAUAAUGUGCAAAUUAAAUUGAUAAGAAAAUAUUUAAAGCUGAAAAUAGUGGAGAAUAAUGUGCUCUUUAGGAAUCAUAACCAAGAAAAGUGUCAUGUGUAUGAUAUAAUUAAACGGACUAUUUUACAAGGGGAAUCUCAUUCUGCUCUUGUGAUAGGGCCUCGGGGUAGCGGCAAAACUACACUGAUAAACUCUGUACUUUAUGAGCUCUCCAAAGAAGUGGACAUAGCCAGUGAUGCGAUCGUAAUAAAGUUGAAUGGCUUGGUCCAUCAUGAUGACAAGAUUGCCCUCAAGUCCAUCACAGCCCAGAUGCAACUGGAAAAUGCAGUUGGCGACCGUGUCUUCGGCACCUUCGCCGAGAACCUCUCGUUCCUUCUCAGCUGCCUGCAGAGCGGCGCCGACAGACGCUGCAAGAGUAUGGUCUUCGUGUUGGAGGAAUUCGACAUGUUUUGUCACAGUGGACGCACGCAGACCCUGUUGUAUAACUUGUUUGAUAUCACACAUACGAAGCAAGCGCCCAUGUGUGUGUUGGGUACAACGAAUCGUCUAGACGUUAUGGAGUUAUUAGAAAAACGAGUCAAGUCUCGUUUCUCCCAUCGGCACAUAUUCCUUUUUUCUAACCAAGAUGUAGAAGUGGACGGGCGUGAAGCUCCUGCAAGGUCACCUUUAGAGUUAUACAAGGAACUACUAGUUAUUCUUUUGAGUAUGCCAGCGUGUAUUGGCAGGAGAGAUGUCGAGGAAACGCCUAGGAGGAGGAAAGCUAAAGGGAAGACGUCAGUAAACAUAGAUGAAUUAAUACAGACAGACGAUUCAAGUAACUAUACGAUUCCAAUUGAAGAUUUGGAAAGGUGUAAAGUGGAUAUUAAACAGUUUAGAUUGGAUUCAGCGUUUAUUGCAGACUGGAACACUCAUAUACAGGCGUUGGCUGCAACCGACUCUGUUGUGGACUCGAUAGAGAAAUUUUGCUAUUAUAUAAACAAUGAGCAGAUAUUCCGAGAUAUUUUGUUUCAGAUAGUGUCACAUCUUUCACCAAACAAACCGUACAUCGACGCAACGGAUGUCACCGCGACCAUAGACAAAACAGUGGCGCCGGAGCAUAGAGUGAAGCUGUUACAGUCGUUGUCUAUACUCGAGUUGUCUCUGGUCAUAGCGAUGAAACAUGGCAUGGAGAUCUUCGACGGGCAACCAAUGAAUUUUGAAAUGGUUCUGCAUAGGUACACAAAAUUUGCAAACGCCAAUUCCUCAACGCAGACUGUACCCAGACCAGUCAUAUUGAAGGCAUUCGAGCAUCUGCAAGCCUUGGAAAUAAUUCUACCAGUUCGUAAUUCCGACUCGAUAUACAAUGCAAGCGACACCACUGCUAGUAGAGUGCAGAAGGAAUAUAAAUUAUACACUCUGGCGGUACCCAUUGAGGACAUCAACGAAGCCGUGAAGAAUUUCAAGGCUCUGCCCACAGAAAUCAGUCACUGGUACAAUAAUUCUGUAGUUUGAUUGAAACAAUAUACCGUUUACUACAGGAAGAGUUUGUAUAAAAGUUCUUUGCAUGGGUACUUUUGUCCCAUUCGUGUUUCUGCCGUGAAGCAGUUGUUUGUUUCAAUAUGAAGGCAGUGUAGUUUUGUUUUAGAUGGGUGAAAAUGGUAUGGUAACCCCGCCUGCGCUAACGGGAUACGCUGGCGGAGCACCAGUGAAGGGACAAUGAAAACAGGCCAGUAAGCCCUUCAUGAUGAAUUCAUCAGGAAUUAACCAUGAUAGUUUCCAGGGAGAACCGCGAGGAGGUGGACCUGGUUGGGUAUAUUGCUAGCAUGGGAUUCUCAGUCUCCAUUACUAACAAUCCCUUUCCCCCCGGCAAUGUAGUUAUUAGGUAUGAAGGCAUAACACAUUAGACUGCUGAAGGGGGAAAGGGAUUAUUAGUAUUGCGGAUUACCAGCCCCAUUGCUAGCAAUAUACCCUGUCAGCUCGACCUCCACAUGGACCCCCUUGAAAUUGUGCUGAAUCCCAGGUGCAUUAAUCACGAUGGGCUAAUUGACCUGCCUUUUCAUUCUCACCUAUCAUCUCUUAUUGGUGCCCCGUCAGCGUAUACCGUUAGUGCAGGCGGGGUUACCAUUCCAUUAUCAUCCAUUAAAAAAACGCAUUAGGUAGGAAGUCUGUCUCUGGUAUUACUACUUUCCAUUAAAUAUGUCGUCACUUCAUCAUGGACAUCAGAGAAUACUCUAAUGCCAUGGUACCCAUGAGUUGCCAUUCUUGAAAACUAAGGUGUUAUACCUGUUUUUACUCUGUAAUUAGAUUGCCAUUAUGUCACU